AUGUCUUCAACUAUCGCAGCGCUUUGUGUCUUCGGAUGUCUUGUGUCGAGUCUGCAUGGUCAGUGCUUGCCACUGAGCGUUCAGCAGAAUGUGUGGGGUGUGCGGAGCGCGGGGUGCGGAUGCGGGCGGGCGGGGGCAGACAGCGCCGCGAGCGCGCUGGCCGCAGCGGACGGCGGCGGCUUCGCUGUAGUGAGCUCGUCUCCCACACCGCCCCACGGCGUGUCGGUGGUGUCUGACAACGAGUACUCAGGCAUCGUGGCAGUAGUGGGCCAACUACCGUUCCUCGGCACCACGUACCUGGAGGGUGCAGUACCCUCUGCUGGGGCGGGUGCUGUCGCCUAUGGUUGUGGGUACGGGGACGUGGCUAUUCUCAAUGAAGACUUUGCGGGCGCGGCCCCUAGUCUGCUGUAUGCCAAUGACCGCAUCACACCAAGAACAUUCAGCGAACCACGAUGCGGCUGCGGUACCUUGUUUUAA